AUGGCCGUCCAGGGCAGCAUGCUGGGGCUGGACAGCGACGAGGAUGACAGCGACACUUCGCCUCGUGCUGCGCAUCCCACUGCUGGUGCUGGGGACGCCGUCGGCACGCCAGCGCCAGGCGCGGGCGCGGCAGCGGCAGCUUCAGGCGCUGGCGGCGCCACCGCAGGCGACAGCGACGAGGAGGACGAGGGCGAUAGCCCGCCGGUGCGCCAGGUCGGUUCCACGGUGUCCUCAGCCAUGGCCGGGUUGUACGGCGACGCCUCGCGGGCAGUGGGGCGCGCGGCAUCGUCAGGCGCUGGCGCUGGCGGCGCCACCGCAAGCGACAGCGACGAGGAGGACGAGGGCGAGAGCCCGCCAGUGCGCCAGGUCGGUUCCAUGGUGUCCUCAGCCAUGGCCGGAUUGUAUGGUGACGCCUCGCGGGCCGUGGGGCGCGUGGCAUCGUCAGGCGCUGGCGCUGGCGACGCCACUGGAGGCGACAGCGACGAGGAAGAUGAAGGUGAUAGCCCGCCGGUGCGCCAGGUCGGUUCCACGGUGUCCUCAGCCAUGGCCGGGUUGUACGGCGACGCCUCGCGGGCAGUGGGGCGCGCGGCAUCGUCAGGCGCCGGCGCUGGCGGCGCCACCGCAGACGACAGCGACAAGGAGGACGAGGGCGAGAGCCCGCCAGUGCGCCAGGUCGGUUCCACGGUGUCCUCAGCCAUGGCCGGGUUGUACGGCGACGCCUCGCGGGCCGUGGGGCGCGCGGCAUCGUCAGGCGCCGGCGCUGGCGGCGCCACCGCAGACGACAGCGACGAGGAGGACGAGGGCGAGAGCCCGCCAGUGCGCCAGGUCGGUUCCACGGUGUCCUCAGCCAUGGCCGGGUUGUACGGCGACGCCUCGCGAGCCGUGGGGCGCGCGGCAUCGUCAGGCGCCGGCGCUGGCGGCGCCACCGCAGACGACAGCGACGAGGAGGACGAGGGCGAGAGCCCGCCAGUGCGCCAGGUCGGUUCCAUGGUGUCCUCAGCCAUGGCCGGGUUGUACGGCGACGCCUCGCGGGCCGUGGGCGGGACGACUGCCUCGGAGGCCGUGGAGGGACUGAUGAGCCCAGGGCGCUCGAGCAGCGGCCUUCCGACGCCCUCGUCCGAUGGCAACACCAGCAAGGCGGCCAGGGAGCCCAUGCAGCCGAUCCCGGGGAUCAUGGGCGAGGUGAAGGUGGACCCUUGCACGCUGGGAGACACCGCGCCGGUCGUGAAGCGGCUGGUGGCGCGGCCAGCAUUCAGCGCCAUCAAGCGCCCCCGCGAGCUGUCCAGCAUAGUGGUCGAGCUGGAGUGGGAAAGCGAGCUCGACAUCUGCAUCAAGGCGGGCCUGAUCUCCUUCGGCCUGCGGAAGAUCGGGUUCGGCAUGCAGCUGCACAUAUCUCUGCUCGAAUGCCUGAAGAAGCCGCCCUUCGUGGGCGGCGUCGGGGUCUGGAUGGACAAGGCGCCGGAGUUCGACGUGACCUGGAGCGGGUCGCUCGAGUUCCUCGACAUGUUCAACAAGCUGUUCCACGACAAGGUCUACAGCGUACUCUCCAACGUGAUGAUACUGCCCAAUCGAAUCGCGAUACCCAUCCAGACGGAUGUGGUCCACAGUCAGGUGGACCUCCUGAGAAUAAAGCGCCCGUGGGCGCGCGGGAUGCUGAAGAUCUCCAAGAUCAAGGCCACGGGCCUCUCCCGCGGGAGCUCGCAGAGCCCCUACAUGGAAGUGCACCUCGGUUGCUCCGCCCACCGCACAUCCACCAUCGGCAAGGUCCACGAGGGCGUCGAGUGGACGGACGACCUGUACUUCCUGGUGGACGAGCCGUUGGAGCAGCUGUUCUCAUUCCGGAUACACGACAAGAACGGCGACCCGCUCGCGGAGAGCCAGCACCGGUGCCUGAACGUGCUGGGCCUGCUGGCUGAGCCGGGCGAAGACGAGACGGCCCACCACAGGCUCACCAAGGAGGUUGCCCAGACCAAAGAGCUCGAGAUGGAUGUCAUGUGGGGCGGCAUGACGCUGCGGGAGCACGAGGAGCGGCAGAGGGCCAUCGAGAGCGGAGACGUCGACGCCGACGGCGGCAAGCAGGGCAAGAAGAGGGCUGGCUUCUUCCCAAACUUCAAGCUGAAGCUGGCGCAGCACGAGAUCGAGCACAUGAAGACGGUCAAGACCAGGCUCCAGUUCGAGGUCACCUGGCGGCCGCUCGAGCUCAACGCCUUCGUGGCAAAGUCGAUCGACCCCACGCUCAGCAACAACCCAAGCAAUGCUCCGGAGGGCGCCGCUGGCGUGGCGAUAGGGCGGCGGUGCGCGGGCGGGGCCGGCGAGGGCGAGGCCGAGAGCGGGGCGCUGAUCCAAACGCGCGCCGCGAGGCGCGCUGGGGGCGACCAGGACAACGCCCGGGAGAGCGCCUGGGAGCGCGCUGGGGCGAGCGCCCGGACGAGCCCAGAAUUGCGCCGAGAACAGCGCCCAGGGCGCCUGAGCAAUCAGUACGCAAAGCCGGACAACAUGUCCAUGGAAGUUCUCCUCCAGCGGUACAAUCUAGGGGAAUAUUACCAGUUCUUUGACACCGCAAAAUACAGCAUGAUCGACAUCAGCGGAAAGUUCAACGACCAGACGGUGGAGUACAUUCUUUCGGACGUCGAGAAGCGGAACGGAAUUAGAUUCAAAUCCGACGUUCGCGUGCGACUUUGGAAGGCCUUGCGGCACAUUUGGAUGCACGGCAUGCGGGAGCGGCCAAAACAUGUCAGGGACGCCGACGUGCCUCAGGUAUUCCUCCCAAAGAAGGAUUACAGGCAGGUCGAUUCGAUUGUGAAGCUUGGCGACCUGGAGCCCGACCGGCAGCGGCAGAUCAUCAGGAAAACCAAGCCUGCCAUAUCUUCUGGGCGUGGUCCUGGGAUCCACGUCAUGCAGUUCGAGGUAUACAGGAGGCAGAUCGAUAUGUGGUACGAGUUCAAGGACUUGCAGCGGUGCGUAAUCGAGUGGCAGCGCAAGAACCCUCGGACGAUGCUGCAGGAAGAUCCGAGAGAGGAGGUCAUGAAGCUGCGCAUCCGCGACAUGAUCCAUCGAAGCGACCACGAGGCCAAGCUGGCCACGGAGAGGGGCAAGGGGCAGUUCUAUACCUGGGUCUGCCUGGUGGGAAUUCAGCUUGUGAUGGGGUCGCUAUCGGCUCUCAUGUGUCUGGUCACGUACAUGGCCUACCGGGCCUCACCGCCCACGCUGUAUCUCGAGUUCAUGGGCGGCAGCAAGCAGCUCAUCUCCGCCGUGUCUUUCCUCCAGGCCUUCACCGUUGCGUACGUUGUCAUCCAACGGCGGCGAGUGAACCCGAUGAUAAAGCGCUACCAGGAUACGUCGAUAUCCUGCGAUCGCUUGAUGGAGCAGAUCAGCGACUUCCGUUUCGAAACCAGCCCCCUGCGGUUAGCCAGAGAGGAGGACCAGCAGAAAGAUGACAAGUAUGUGCCGCGGCGAAAGAAGGCCCCCGUGGGGAGCCUGACCGACAUGGUCAAGCGCAACGGUCCGAAGGCCGCCGUGCCCAGCUUUGUGCGCGGCGGCUCUGACCAGGCCCUGGAGGAGGGGCCCAACGCCCGCGAAGGCUUCCAGGCGCCCUGGAACACGCAGAAAUAA